AUGAAGACGGGAGACAAGGAAAUACAAGAUCGAGUGGUUAUGGCUAUGAAGAUCCGGGAUAUAAACGUCGGCUAUUCAGACAAAGUCAUGAUAGCUUCUGUGUCACGACAACCUAUGGAAUACAAUUAUCCGGUUGGUUUCUGA